AUGGGGAGGUUCACAGAUACCUGGAAACCCGCAGUCAAUGUCUUGACCUGGUUUCUGAUGGUGACUGCCAUCCUUGGCGUCCUUGCUAGACUGGGGACCAAGUACUGGAUUUUUCGGCGGUGGACUACAGAUGAUUAUCUUAGUAUUGUCUCAAUGUCACAAUAUGCCGCCACCAUGCUCUUCAUCCUAAGCAUGUGCUUCUCGAAACUGGCCCUCGUCCAUUUUAUCCGGAGCGUAACACCAGCUGCCUCGGACCGCCGCGUUGCCUCAGGAAUAGAGGUUCUGAUUACACUGUGGGCAAUCACCGGUGUCAUUAGCUCUGCAUUUCGGUGCAAACCGCCUCAGCCAUGGAACUACCUAUCCGGGCAGUGCUUCGACAUUGGGGCGUGGUGGGAUUAUAUCGGGGUGACGAAUAUCUUCACUGAUGCUGCGAUUAUAGCGUAUGCAAUCCUGAUUGUUACUCGCAUCCAGGCGCGGUGGAAAAAGAAGGUCACUUUAUCCACUGUGUUCGGGCUUCGAAUCUUUGUGAUUAUCGCAACAAUAGGCCAAUUAGCAUACGCGAACAGAACUAUUGAUUCGUCGGAUCCGAUCUCUGGCACCUGGCCUCUGGCGAUAUGCACGCAGCUCACCCAAUGCUUGAGUGUGGUUACCGCCUGCUCCCCUCAAUUCAAGCCCUUCUUGGACAGCCUCCGUUCGACGGGCCUUCGAGUUGACGGAAUGACGCGCCACGAUACCUCCAGCGUUGGAUACAACCACUCUUCUACGGGUAUUAAGUCGCAACUACAAAGUCAGGACCAAGCCCCCGUUGAGAGUCACGAGAUGACUUCGAUUGGUCGCAACAAAAGUUAUCGCCAUACAACAACGAUAAUCACAGCCAAACGAGACUCAGAUGGAGACAGUGAUUCAAGCGAGGCUCACAUAAUCCGUGAAGUUCGCACAUGGGCCGUGACUGCGUCGCCGCGGAACUCAUUAAGGGAAUGUGCGUAUUAG